CCCAGCUUCGGCCACAUCAUCCGAUAGAUCCACCGGCAUAGCCGUCAAAGUUGCGCCCCUCUCGCCCCCAAUAGAGCCAAAGCUUCGUACUCCAAGCCGGUUUUGGAGACUUUCCCAUGGGGUAGGUAUUAUCAUGACAUAUAAAAUGUCCAACCCUUGGAUUCGACAGCUCUGUAUUCAAGCCGUAAAACAAGAGUUUCACUGGACAGGGGCAACUUAUUACCAAUCAUCCACCUCCGACCAAUUAGCAAAAUGCGUAUUACCGAGCUUGCCGUCUUUACCUACAAGGCCAAUUACAACUAUGGCACCUAUACUAUGUCAGGAGGACGAGUCAAUGAUGGCGAGCCGUCUCUUGUGAUCCGUAUCCGUACCGACAGCGGCAUCGAAGGAUGGGCUGAAAAUGCCCCGUUAGGUAGUGACUAUCUACCGAGUUCGUUCACUGGCGAGCUCGCUGCCUUGAAGGAGCUUGGUCCGAAGAUUUUGGGGCUUGACCCUCGGUCACCUGCAGCUAUUAGUGCAAUGCUCGAUCGCGCAAUGAUGUCAGGCAUUGCUGCGAAAUCGAUUAUCGAUAUGGCCUGCUGGGAUAUCCUAGGAAAAUCGGUGGGGCUACCAACUCACGUUCUGCUUGGUGGCUGCCUUACAAAGGCGCCGUCAGCCUUUUGUGUUAUUGGAUUUGGAGAGCCUUCGGUUGCUGUUACGAAGGCAUUGGCUGAAGCAGAGAAAGGUGUGGUUGCAAUGCAAUUGAAGGUCGGGGAUGAUCCUCUGGAGGAUGCCCGGCGGAUACGUGCGAUUCGUGAAGCACUGCCCGAACAUAUCAAGCUCUUCCCGGAUGCAAACGCCGGAUGGUCCCUUGAACAGGCCUUGACAUACUGCCGAGCACUGGGGCAACAUGACCUACCCCUGAUGCCUUUGGAACAACCAUGCCGAACGCUAGCGGCUUCUGCUGAGGUCGGUCGGCGAACUGGGGUGCCAAUUAUUCUCGAUGAGUGCAUUUUCACUAUGGCCGAUCUAGCAGCGGCCCACGCAGCGGGUAUCACGGGAGUCAACAUUAAAAUUUCGCGCGUCGGCGGUUUUACGAAGGCCCGAGUCCUGCGUGACGCCGCGGUUGGUCUUGACAUGAUGGUUACUAUUGACGAUAGUUGGGGAUGCGCGCUUACGACUGCGCAGAAUCUUCAAAUGGCCGCGUCUACUCGACCUGAUAGACUCCGCGCUGUUGACUGCUAUGCAGAGUGGACAAACCCAAUGAUUGCAGAUGCGCCUCGGAUGCAGAAGUCUAAUGGUGGCGUUGUCCCUCUAGAGAUCCCUGGGAAUGGGUUUGGGAGUGUAGAUAUCAGCUUCUUAGGGGAGCCCAUAUUCAACAUCACAGCAUAGUCUGAUUCCCGGGUGUUCUAAGCACAGGUUGGACGAUGCCAAGGCCCUUGCUCAAUUUAACUCAUCUUGAAAGUAUUAAAUUCCUACUCCCACCUUAAACGCUGCUCUUCAUGCUCUGAAGUUUUUGAAUCGUG